CCAAGCUACAGACGUGAUAUCUAAAGCUGAGAAGCAAGUAUAAAAGUACAGGAAUCAGCCUGUAACCCCCAAAUAACUUCUUACCGGCUUGCAAUCUCAUCUGCAGGGAGCGAGGCUGCAGCCCUGGCCAGAGCUAUCCGCUGUCGUUUAGAAGUUACACGGUUCCCAGCUUACUAUCAUGAAGACCCAGCUGUUGCUCUGCACAGUUAUCCUGCUCGUUCCCUUCUUCCGCAGCGGGGACUGCCGAGCCCUGGACAGCUCCACACCAACCAGAAGCCGCCCGGAUCCCCAGGCACCACUGCAACAGUCCCUUGGCCCACUCUGGGUCCGCAAUGGGGAGGAAUACCUCAUGCUCCCGGGGAAAGAUUCCAAGGAUAGCAGCGGGGUCUCUCCUACCCGGUGGCAGAUGGUCCUUUCUGAGGCGCCUUUCCCGGAGCAGCUUCUGCACAUUCUGCGAGACCCCGUCGGAGACUUGGAGAAAGUUACCAGCAGGUACCAGGCUGAAAGGGAUGAGAUGCUGGACAGAGGGAAGAGGCUAGACGACCCUCCCACUUCUCUGGAUCUAACAUUCCACCUUCUCCGGGAAGUGCUGGAGAUGGCCAGAGCUGAACAAAUGGAGCAACAGGCGCACAGCAACCGCAAAAUAAUGGAGCUCAUCGGCUAAGAGGGAGACGACCCCACCGAGAGCAUCAAUCCUAGCGCUGCUCUGACACUAGUGUUUAUUUUUAUAGCGCUAAAACUGUUUGUGUGCAUUUCAACCAACCUUACUACUGUAGCUGACAGUUCAUUGUAGAAUUGUAGUUAAUAAACACAUCGGUGUACAAUCAUUUUUCCUUGUGUAAGAGAAUGUCUAAUAUUUAUAUUUUUAAUAAAAGCUGCUUUAUGCUUUAUUGUGGAGCCCAUGUCCUGUUCAAUUCAGCUUCACAUAACA